AUGGGCAGGCGGAUGGUAUAUCGAGGACUCUCACGCACCACGAUCUUUGAACAACCAGACUCAAACUUUGACUUGGCCACAUCCGAAGCACAGGUCAACGGACACUGGCCAUAUGGCGAUGGAGAAAAAUUUCGUUACAAUGUAACACUGCAAGCCCUGACGGCAAUGCUCCAGCAUGCCAACGAAAACCCAGUGACAUACCUUAAUAAAGGUCAAACAUACAGCCUCACGGUGGCAGAUUCUACCCCACCCACGAAGAAGGCUGGAUUUUAUGAAUAUAGAACGUUCGUGCAUGUGGUCUUCGAAGGAGAAGACCAGAGAUCAAAUCCGGUUGCAUCGUGGCAGCUAUGGAAAGAAGGCCGAGGCCUGAAAGAAGCCCAUGAGCGCAAAGGCAAGAUUUUAGCUGUCGAGUAUGUCCAUCCUUCCCAGGGCGAUGUCAAAACUGAGGGACAUCCCCAGAUACAGCUUGAAGAAGCUUUUGUUGAUGGGUUUUGUGUCACCUGGACAGCUGAUCCAACCACGAACGUCUAUGAGGCGGCGAUUCCGCUGAAAUUCAACUUUCUAUCAACCGAUUUUACUCGCUUAAAAGGGGUGAAAGGGGUAUCGGUCAGGCUCUGUGCAAAAACUAAAAUGUUGCGGUCGGACGACGAAAAUAAGACCAUGGAGGACGAGCCAGAAAUGUGUUACUGUGUGGUGAAGCUCUUCAAAGACCACGGUGCCGAACGAAAAUUAUCAAAUGACAAGGCACAUGCCAAGAAAAGGAUUGAAAAGCUCAAUAAACAAAUCAUCGACCGAGAGACAGGUGCAGACUUUGAUAGACGAAGACGCCACAACAGUUUGAUGAACGGUGGACAAACCGAUACUCGGCCUCAGAAGAAGCGCAAAAGCUCUAUGUCAGAUAAAGAUCUUCACGCCGCGCUGGCUACAACGACUGAGAUCUUUUCAUCGGCCCGUCCAGUUAGUGUACUUGGUCUUCGUGCUAAUGUGAAGGAUGAUCUAGAUCUACAUCUUAUCUGUUUAUCAGAUGGAUCAAGUACUUUCAUGAAAGAUGGGAUCUUGGAAAAUCAACAUAGCACACGUGCUAUAACCUUGGCCUCCGAAGGAGCAGCUCACUUGUCAAAAAAGGCCAACGUAGAAUUGGACUUCUAUAGCCCUGACUCUCAAGAACGUCCGCCAAAAAUGCCAAAAGUCUCCAUUGGGACUUUCCAGGGCUCUCCACCUCCUGCAAAUCAUUCUUCUAAGUCUGUUGCGUGCUUUUACGUCCAGUUCACUCAAAGCGGGAAGCAGCCCCAAGGCAACUAUUACGCAAUAUACCUAGCGGAUCGCACUUCUCUCAACUUGAAAGUCGAGCUUGCGGAGAAACUGCAGAUCGACCCUUGUCUUAUCUCUCGUAUCAUUUGGGUCAAUAGUAAAGGCUUGAAGGUCCUGGUGGAUGACGAUAUGGUCCAACAACUUCCCGAGGCACAGACCAUGAUUGCACAUAUCUGUGAACGCUUGUACACAGAAAUGGCUCCCUCGAGCGCAAAGUGCUCUGGGGUGGAAGUCAAGCUCGUGUUCUAG